CUGGAUCCAAUGUCAAGACAUUAUAUACAACGUUUAGCUACAGUAUCACAAAUACUGGUUUCUCCAAGCAAAUCGGUCCUUUCGCCUUCACUUAAUUAUUUACAUUCUGGAACGAAUACACAACGAUUAUUACAUACAACAACAACAACAGCAAAUAGUUUAAAAAACGCAAAAUCCAAAGUUAUUAAUAAUAAAUCAUCCUUAUAUGCUUCAACAACAACAACAAAAAGAGCCGUACAUUCUACAUCUAUAUCCUCUCGACAAGAAGCAAGUAUAUCCUCCAUCAAUACAGCUGAAGAUUGUGAACAAGUUGGCGACAAUAAUAAAACUCAAGCUUUCAACUUUAUCGCCUACGCUGCUUGGCAUCCCAAGAACAGGUCUCCCAAACAACGCAAAUCUGAAAGCAGAAUCCCUUACUGGAAACAACUAAAAGUAGGAAAAGUGGAUGCAGGUGAAGAUGCUUUUUAUCAAACUUGUACUCCUAAUGGUCUCUCUAUUGGUGUGGCUGAUGGUGUUGGAGGAUGGGCCGAUGUUGGUGUUGAUCCAGCACUUUUUUCAUGGACUUUGAUGAAUAAUGCCGCAGCGGCUGCAAAAGAUGAAACCGCAUUAGAUGCACAUCAUAUCUUGGACGUUGCUUUUCAUCAAUUACGACAAGGAGGGAAAGUACAAGCUGGAAGUAGUACAGCAUGUAUAUUGAAUCUAUGCAAGACAAGCGGGAAAAUGACAACAUGUAAUCUGGGUGAUAGUGCAUUUUUGUUGAUCCGAGAGCAAAAAGUGGUAUAUGAAAGUCCAAGUCAACAACAUUACUUCAACUGCCCAUAUCAGCUGACUGUGGUACCUGACAGCUAUCCUGACCGUGAUCUUUUUGUGACAGAUAUGCCAAAGGAUGGAGACCAAAAAUCAUUUUUCCUAAAGGAUGGAGAUAUCAUUUUAUUAGCUACCGAUGGUUAUUUUGAUAAUGUCUAUUCUCAUGAAACGUUAGCACUGGUGAACAAGACAAUGGCUAACCUCCAAAAGGAUGAUAGUGAUGAAAUAGUGGCGGCUACUGUACGGGAAUUGGCAAAGGUGUUGACUGAUACUGCAAAAUUCUUAUCUUUGGACAGCAAAAGACUAUCACCAUGGGCGAAGGAUGCGCAGGCGCAUGGAAGUAAUUAUGUUGGUGGAAAAUCUGAUGAUAUUACCUUGGUAGCUACUUUGGUCCGUGGUAUUCAAGCUAGUGAGCAAUCAUAGGGAUUUUUUUUUUUAGUUUGUAUUUUAUUCUUCUUCUUAUUAUUAUUGUAGCUAGC